AUGUCUGAAAAAACUCCUUAUACAGCUAUUCCGUUUGAGGAUUCUCAAGCUCCUAACGAACGAGAAUUGCCACCUUACAGUGAGAAACCUCGUUACACGUUUCCUCCUUCUUCUCUUGACUCCAAUCCGCACGUUCAAAGAAAGAAAACAUGGAGAAAAGCUUUACUUUUUGUAUUACUUCUAUUUUUGGGAGGAAGAUUUUUGUUAGCUGGAAUUUCGUUUUUUAUGUUUAACGAUUUCAAUCCCAAUGAUGAUCAAUAUAUUUGGAUUCAAGUUCCUGGCAUGGAACCUCAUUAUGAACCAGAAAUUGGAUCACAUGAAAUGCCAUAUAAUGCUCCAGCUAAGCCAAUUCUCAACAUUCCAGAAUCUCCUAUUUGUGAAUCUUCCGUAAAGUGGAAUGGUCCGAGUGAAUUAUUAUUAGAUCCUAAUGAUGUUACUGGAUUGAUUUUUAAAGUUAAAGGGAUAGCACACGGAAGUGUUAUUAUUCGUCAAGAUCCUAACUCAAAAGAUUUUCUUAACAUUACAAAUAAAAUCUACCUUUCUGAGGAUACUAUCCAAGAACAAGUUGAUAUUAGAAUUGAUAUCAUCGAUGAAGACUAUUCUAUCACUAUUGAGGCUCCAUCAUUUGAAGGUCCUCGUCCUACCCAAAAAUGUGUCCAAGUUGAUACUAUCAUAACCAUUCCAAGCCAAGUUCGUUUCUUCAGAUCACUUUUAGUUGAUGUUCCAAAUAGCUGGAUCUCUGCUGAAAGUUUAGGAGCUAUUGAUUUCGCUUAUGUCAGUCUUAAGACUAUUAAUGGACAUAUUCGUGCUGAUGACAUCAGUGCUGCUAUUGCCGAAGUUUCCACCGUUAAUGGACACGUUAAAGGUGGUUACGUAAUCGCCGAGAGUUUUGAUGUUCGAACUAUAAAUGGAGGCAUUGGAAUCCAUACAAUUAUUAACCCUUGGUCUGAUGAAAUAUCCAUUACAACAAAAUCAAUCAACGGCCAUUUAGAUGUUACAGUGCAUGAAUUGAACGAAAAACAAGCCCUUAAUUUCAAAGCUGGAUCCGUCAACGGUGGCGUCGUCGCAACUUUGAAAAUGAAAAAGGUGCACAAGAAAGAAAAGAAAAUGAUGAAGAAAACUAAAAAAGGAUGCCGUCACAAUCGUCAUGACGAUGAAAAGGCAUCACAAAUUGCUAUUGAAGCAGUAACUGGAUCUCUUGAAUUAUACUUGUAA